UACUUCACUCGAAAUUUUCUUCAUUUUUUGAAAGUUCGCUUGUUUCAUUGCAAUGUCGAUCAAGUUCAAAGCUUACGUGUAAAUGAAGACGAAAACACAAUCACAUACGUGCAGUCCCGUAUUUAAGCUAACGUUGUUGAACGCAAGGCUCCACCAAAGCCACAGCAGUAUUUUAAAUGUAUGUAACAUAAAAGAAUAUAUUCGUAAAAUUACCUAAAAGUUACGAAAAUGAAUUGUAAAUAAUCUCGUAUCCGUCGCCUCACAUGCGAACGUCUACACGAACGCGGACUGACAUGUAAACAAGACGAGUCGAUUCAAAGCUCUGUCACAAUGAGUGUGACCCUACACACAGAUGUUGGUGACCUGAAGGUUGAGCUGUUCUGUGAGCAGUGUCCAAAAACCUGUGAAAAUUUCUUGGCUUUGUGUGCAUCCAAUUACUAUGAUGGCUGCCUGUUUCAUCGCAACAUAAAGGGGUUCAUGAUCCAGACAGGUGAUCCAACAGGUACAGGCAAAGGUGGGCAGUCAAUAUGGGGAAAGAAAUUUGAGGACGAAGUGAGAGAUGAUUUAAAGAGCAUUUGUCAAGGCAUCACUGGCUUGGCAAACAGUGGACCAAACACCAAUGGCUCUCAAUUCUUCAUUAACUACUCUCCUCAACCUCAUCUGGAUCUGAAAUAUACUGUAUUUGGAAAGAUCAUCGAUGGGUUAGACGUUUUGGAUGAACUGGAAAAAUUACCUGUAAAUCCUAAAAACCAUAAGCCAACAACAGAAACAAGAAUAAAUAAUGUAACAAUUCACGCAAAUCCUAUUGCAGGAUAGUGAAGGUUUAUGAUGUUUUUGAUGAGAUAUUUGAAAUUGAAUUUUACAAAUAAAUAAGGUCAAACUUCU